UUGUGUGUAUUUUCUAUAUGCGUGUGUAUGUGUGAAUUGUGUGCGUGCGUAUAUUUUCGCUUGGCAUUUCGAAUGGACAAUUUUUUAUUAAAUUCAAUGAUACUUCCUUAAUAUUUAGUUAAUGGAGAGGAUAAUUAUACAAUUAAAUUAAUGGCUUCAAACGACGGAAUUCCACCGGCAGUUCCUGGCUUUCCACCAGGUACACCAAAUAUGGCCACAACAUUUGUUCCACCAAUAUUACCAGCGGCUCCAUUUAUUCCACCACCUGGUUUACCACCAGGACCUCCGGGAAUGAUGCCACCACAAUUUUCCAUUCCACCACCAGGUUUUGGAUUUCCAAUUGGCGCCGCACCACCGCCAGAAGCUGGUGUUAUUGCUGCACCACCACAAAUAACAUCACAAGUUGUACCACCGCCGGCGCCAACUCUCAACGAUAUUAAAUCAGUUUCAAAUUUAACGGAGAAAAAAUGCGAUUGGUCAGAACAUAAAGCGCCCGAUGGACGUACAUAUUAUUAUAAUAAUACAACAAAACAAUCAUUAUGGGAAAAGCCAGAUGAAUUAAAAAGUCAAAGUGAACUUUUAUUAUCGCAAUGUCCAUGGAAGGAAUAUAAAUCGGAGAAUGGUAAAGUUUAUUAUCAUAAUGUUGCAACAAAAGAAUCACGUUGGACAAUACCACCUGAAUUAGAUGAAUUAAAAACAAGAAUUGUCGCUGAGGAUGCUGCUGCAGCGGCAGCAGUUGCUGUUGCAAGUGCCACAAAUACCGGUGGAAUUGGUUCAGUUACAAUGCAACGUAUGUCGCCAAAUAUUGCAUCUCUUUCGCAAACAAGUACACCUGAAUCAGGUGGUAAAUCGGCUAUUGAACAGGCAAUGGCGGCAACAUUAGCGGCAAUAAAUAUUCCAACACCACCAUCAAAACCUGACGAUGACAGUAAUUCAGCAAAAGAAUCGGCAAAUGGUAGUCGUACAAGUACACCAGAGCCAAAAAUGCAAUUUAAAGACAAAAAAGAAGCAAUUGAAGCAUUUAAAGAAUUACUCAAAGAAAAAGAUGUCCCUUCAAAUGCAACAUGGGAACAGGCGGUGAAAAUAAUUCAAAAUGAUUCACGUUAUCCACAAAUGAAAAAAUUAAAUGAACGUAAACAGGCAUUUAAUGCAUAUAAAACGCAAAAAUUAAAAGAGGAACGCGAACAAGAGAGAUUAAGAUUAAAAAAAGCGAAAGAAGAUCUUGAGGCAUUUUUACUUGAACCAACCCGAAUGUUAAGUACAACGAAAUAUUAUAAAUGCGAGGAAAUGUAUGGAAAUUUGGAAGUAUGGCGUUCAGUUGGCGAUUCAGAUCGACGUGAUAUUUAUGAGGAUGUUAUAUUUAAUUUAGCAAAACGUGAAAAAGAAGAGGCAAAAAUAUUAAAGAAACGUAAUACAAAAAGAAUGGCACAAGUUUUAGAUGCAUUGACCGAUGUUAAUUAUCGUACAACAUGGCAAGAGGCGCAAGCAUUGCUUAUUCAACAUACAUCAUUUGCUGAGGAUGCCGAUUUAUUGCAAAUGGAUAAGGAGGAUGCAAUUCUUGUUUUUGAAAAUCAUAUAAGACAACUUGAAAAAGAUGAAGAGGAAGAAAAGGAGAGGGAAAAAAAACGACGAAAACGACAGGAGAGAAAAAAUCGUGAUGGAUUUAUUAGUCUUCUUGACGAAUUACAUGAACAGGGAAAAUUAACAUCAAUGUCAUUAUGGGUUGAACUUUAUCCAAUGUUAUCGGCUGAUUUACGAUUUUCAGCAAUGCUCGGUCAAUCGGGUUCAACUCCACUUGAUCUUUUUAAAUUUUAUGUUGCCGAUCUUAAAUCACGUUUUCAUGAUGAGAAAAAAAUAAUACGUGAAAUUUUAAAAGAUCGUAAUUUUGAAGUACAAGUUAAUACAACAUUUGAAGAAUUUGCAACUGUUGUUUGUGAGGAUAGAAAAUCAGCGACAUUAGAUGCGGGUAAUGUAAAAUUAACAUAUAAUUCAUUAUUAGAAAAAGCUGAAGCACGUGAAAAAGAACGUGUUAAAGAAGAAAUGAGGAAAUUUAAAAAACUUGAAUUGGGUUUUAAAAAUUUAUUAAAAACAUUGGGUGUUGAUUAUCAAAUGACAUGGGACGAUGUGAGAAUGAAAAUUGAAGAGGAACCUGAUUUUAAAGCAAUUUCAUUGGAAAGUGAAAGAUUAAGAAUAUUUAAGGAACAUCAACAUGAAUUAGAAGAAAGUUGUAGUCAUCAUCAUAUUCGUAGUCGAAAGAAAAAAACAAAGAAACCUAAACGAAAAUCACGUUCAAAAUCACAUAGUGAUUCCGAAAACAGUGAAAAGGGUCUAAAGAAAAAACGACACAGAUCAAAAUCUGCAAGUGUUGGCAGUAAAUCCGAUAGUUCAGAAUCAGAAACAAAAAAGAAGCGGAGAAAAAAUAAAAAGAAACGUGGCCGCAGUCAUUCGAGAUCACACUCGAGACUUCCAUCGUCUGAAGAAUCGCCCGAUCAACGAAGAAAAGAUGAUAAACAUCGACGAACAUCAAUACAAAGUGACGGCUCAUUAAAUGAAAAUGUCGAACAACAUGAAUUGUCCGAAGAUGAAUUAGAAAAACAAAAAGCACAAAUUCUUCGCGAAUUACAAAUGCAACAGGAAGAAAAUUAAAUAAAUUCUUUAUUAAACAAAGAAAGAAAAAAAAAAGAAAAGAAAGAAAGAAAAAAGAAAAAUAAUUUGAGGUAUUGUUUUUUUUUUAUAUUGACAAUUUCGUAAUAUUAAACAUUUUUGCAAUUUAACAA